UCUCCUGGUGGGCGGGACUUCUCGGGAACAGGAAGUAUGACGUAACGAUUGUUUUGGAAAAGCAAAGCAUCGACACAUCGACGGAAAAAUGGGGGAGAACGGAGGUGAUUAUAAGCUGAUAUUUGAGAAGGAGGGGGUGUAUCUCCACACAAAUGCCAAGAGGAGCAACCAGGACACCACCAUCCCAGGUUUCAUUCGUAUUGUGGAGCGGGCUGGAGUGCCAGCUCUGGAGUGGAGCCCACUGGAGGAUGAGGGGCGCAAUGCUCCUGCUGUACUCUACACCAAAAAGGAUGGUGACGGAGGGGAAGAGGACACAAACUUUGACCCUGGGUAUGAGCCAGAUUGGGCGGUUAUCAGCACUUUUAAGAAAGAUUGCGAGCCAGUCCCAAUCAAGGAUUCAGGUCAGUGGGCGUUUUCUCUGCCUCUCUCCGAGCUUUACUCUCUCCGAAGGGCCCGUUUCUCUUUGGGUCGCAACUUUCUGGUACUGACAAGCAGAGGUGGGCACCCACUGCCUCCUCUGCACUUCCACAGAGGAGGAACCAGGGAACUCCUCAGGGCUCUGCACCGUUACAUCAUCCUGGACCAGUCGCCAGUUGACGGGCGGCUUUUCCUUGCAUACCCGCAUGAUUCAGGUGCUCUCUCUCAGUCCUUCGACAAGCUGCAGCUCUUUGAUGAUGGAGGCGCUGAUCUGGUCUCGAGAUUUAUCCAGGACCCAUAUGCUACUACAUUUGGUGGAUUCUCCAAAGUCACAAAUUUCUUCAGGGCAGCAGUCCGGCCUCCAGAGUCCCCCGUUCACUCGCGGUCUGGGCAGGAUCCCAGUCUGCGCCCGCAACCUGAUGAUGAGCCUGGAUUUGAACUCAUUACCUGUGGCUUGGAGCUUGGUCCCAGACCAGAUGUAACCAGAGGACAACCUCUGAAGACAUGGGCCGAGUUUCUGGACUCUGAGGGACGUGUGAAGAACCCAGAGAGGGUCAAAGAACUUGUGUUCAGAGGGGGUAUCACACCAUCACUUAGGAAAGAAGUGUGGAAGUUUCUCCUAGGUUUUUAUUCAUGGAACAGCACUACAAAGGAAAGAGAAGACCUUCUUCGUGUCAAAACAGAUGAGUAUUUCAGAAUGAAGGUGCAGUGGAAGUCUGUUAGUGAAGAACAAGAGAUGAGGAACUCCCUCCUCAGAGGAUACAGGAGCCUGAUAGAGAGGGACGUCAACAGGACAGACAGAAACAACACAUUCUUCUCUGGGAAUGACAAUCCAGGACUGACUCUGCUUCAUGAUGUCCUGAUGACCUACUGCAUGUACAACUUUGAUCUCGGUUACGUCCAGGGGAUGAGUGACCUCCUUUCUCCUAUCCUGUUUGUAACCCAGAACGAAGUGGAGUCCUUCUGGUGUCUGACAGGCUUCAUGGAGCUGGUGCAUCAGAACUUUGAAGAGUCUCAAGAGGCCAUGAAGCAGCAGCUCCUUCAACUCAGCAUCCUGCUGAAGACUCUGGACCCAGAGCUGUGUGACUUCCUGGACUCUCAGGACAGUGGCUCGCUCUGCUUCUGUUUCCGCUGGCUGCUCAUCUGGUUCAAGAGAGAGUUUUCCUUUGAGGAUAUCCUCACCUUGUGGGAAGUUCUCUGGACUCGACUUCCCUGCGACAACUUCCAUCUGCUGAUCGCCUGUUCGAUCCUGAUGUCCCAGCGAGGCGAGCUGAUUGGCUCAAACCACGACUUCAACACUAUUUUGAAGCACAUCAACGAGUUGACGAUGAAGCUGGACUUGCAGAGGGUUAUGCGCGAGGCAGAGGCCAUCUACCUGCAGCUGGUUCAGUGCAAAGAGCUUCCUGUUAAAGUGCAGCAGGUUCUGGGCCUUUACGUCGCGUCCAGCUCAGAGGAAAACAGCCCAGACUCCCAGACCAGCGAGACGCAGCACCUCCUCAGCCAAUCGCAGACAGGAGCUGCUGCUUCUAAUUCAACACAUGUUCCUACCUACCCUUAAAUCUGUACGUCAGCUCCUGGACUAAGAUAAAUGGAAAAUAUUUAAACAUGUCAAGGAAGGACUGUUGUUCCUUCUUGUCAGGGACAGGGGGCACUGUUGAGACUGUUUUCUUUUAACAUGAUGAAUCCCGAGUGUUUCCAUCCAUGUGCAGUGCUGUUUUUCCUGUGUGUCCGCUCUCUUUUGACAGCUUGGCUUUUUAUUUACAUGUCCUGUGUCUCUGUCAUUCUCCCUCUUGUCUAUUCCUGCUGUUUUAUUAAUUAUUCUGAAACUGUACUCCUCUGCACUGCCAUGCUUUCAGUGAUAAAUUCUUUUUAAUUUCAUACCUCUUCAAUGUAUCUGAGAAGGGAAGAAGAUGAAAGGUAAACUGACCGGCAGCACCAUGUUAGUACUAUAUGAUGCCAUUCCUGCCCUAUGCAAAGUUUUUGCAUGCCUUGUAGUUUUCACAUGCUGUGUGGUAAUAUAUUUAAAGCCUUGUAAUCAUCUGUAUAAUGUAAAAGCAUUUUACAUCUGAAAAGUAUUACCAAAUAAAUGUUUAAAUCUUAACAAAA